AUGGAGGACACCGAUCUUGAAGAGCGGUACAUGGCCGACUACCACUCUGGGCGCGCAUGGAAGUGGCUCCUGCCCCGGACGGAGGAGGACGGGCCCAUCGAAUACUCGUACGCCACUCCCGAGACCCGACAGUUUGUCGGCACGGAUGACGAUGCUUGGGUGUACGCCUACAACGGCCGUGACAUCCGGGCCGAAUUGGCCAGGAAAGCUGAGGAGGAGAGAGCUGCUUCCGGCCGCGGAUACGAGUCCGAUGGUGCUGCCGAGGAUCUUGGGGGAGAUGACGUUCGAUCCGUCACUCUGUCCCUCGAAUCCGAGGCUGCAUCUGUGAGUAGAUCCGUCCAAGAUUAUGCGCAAUCAUUUGCUGAGUACUUCCAGGAUGACGAGCAAUCCACUGCCGAGUCAGUUGAUGAGGACAAUGUUCGAUCCAUUGCCGAGUCUUCUGACGAGGAGGAUGUCUCCUCCUACGAGGAGGAUGUUUCUUCCUACGAGGAGGAGAUCUCAGAUGAUGAGGUCGUGGCCCGUCCCGUCUUGAUCCCCCAGGAUCAAGAGUCCGACGACGAGAGUGUGGUUGCACCAUCCUCUCCUCCGUACAAGCCUGCUCGUAAGGCCCCCGUUUCGGCAAAGGCCAAGCCAGCCGGCCGAAAGAGCCCUGCUCCCUCGUCCCAAGAGGUGAGCAACGACGGCGAGUUCUACUCGUCGAUCGCAGAGCGGCGCAAGAUGAUGAGCCGCGGCGGACAGUCUGUCGUCAAGACGAAGCGAUCCUACGUCGAGGUCGAGGACGAGGACGAGGACGAGGACGAGGACGAGAGCGAGCCCGAGUCGGACGAAUCCGACUUCGAAUCCUCGGCUCAUGUGAGCAAGAAGCGCAAGGUCCAACCUGCCGGGAAGACCGCGCCAGUCGAGACGCCGUCGCCGGCAUACGCUCCGGCCAGAAAGACCGUCCCGGCCCAGAAGAGUGCUCCGCUGAAGAAGGCUGCGCCUGCCAGAAAGGCUGCACCGUCCAGAAAGAGAAAGACUCGCGGCGACGACGACGACGACUCAGAGGAUGACAUCGAGCUUGACAGAAAAGCGUCAACCAAGAAGCCGAAGACGCAAAAGGGGCAGAGGAAGGAGAGGAGAGAGACGGUGGACUCCGACAACAUAAUCACGGUUGACAUAAAUGCAGUUGCCACGAAGGAGGCCCCGAAGCUUACAGAAUGGCGAAACCUGCCAGGCCUGCCCGAUGAUGAAGAUCACGAGGCCCAUGAGGGAGUACCCGGUAGCAAGUGGUCCCAGUACGAGUCGGCUGCUCUCUACUACUGCAUCGUCGACCGUCGAAACAGAGAGAUUGACGAGAAUCUGGGUAUUUAUUCCCUGAAUCUGAUCCUGAUACAGGCGAAGAUGAUCCUUUUUGCUGACUUCCUAUCUCCUUGGAUAGUGCCUCUGAGAGAUACGAAUCUCUACAAACUGAUGUCGAUGAACAUCAAAUAUUCCUUCGGCGUCGACCGUACCCACACGGCUUGCAAGAUGCACCUGAACCGUUACAUCAAGGAAGACAAAGAUUACGAUUACCAAGGCCAGGGCAGCACUGGUGCUACAUCAUCCCAGAAGAGGAAGACGGAGAGCCAGUGA